AGGUGCACCCUUCAUCAUGAGUAGAAGCAGCACCAGCGGUGGCGGGGGCACCUCGCCCUACCCAUCGCUCUCCUUCCAGGUCAUCAAUUCAUCAGACGAUCGCCGCGGUUCUGCCUCCCCCACCUCGGGCACCGAAAACGGCGGUGCCUCCGCGGAAAGCGCCGAGGCGGGCACCUCCAACUACUACGCCAGCGGCAACUCUCGCAUUACGUUAUCCAACGCCGUCUCCUCCUCGCUGGUUCCGGCGAGGAUGCACCACACUGAUUACAUGUACGCGAUGGAUGCCCGCGACAACAUGCAUGAGAUGUCGGACAGCAACUCCCUCCUCUCCGUCGCCUUUGAAGACUCGCAGAAGCGCUCGUACCACCCGAUUGAAUUUGCGGCGAUGGCGGAGGGCGCCGGGGCGGGCACCUCGAUAGAGUCGUUAGAGAGCGGCCGCCUGCAGCGUCACACCGGCGAGUCGAGCCCCGCCAGCGGAGUGGGGCUGAUGGUGUCCGUCGGCUACGACUCCCCCGGACCAGACUCGUCGGUUGUCCCUUUGGAGCUGACGCCGUCGUCGCCGCCGCUGCCGCGCCCCGUCACCUACGGCCUCGGCCCGCCGACGGGCCCUCACGACAACAACGACACGAAGCUGUACGUCCCGUCGCCGUCCUCUGCGUCCGGCCUCGGGGACUCGUUUAGCCCCGUCCCCCCUCCCACGCUGCCAGCCGCCGCCGACCACACGACGGCGCCCUCCGACCCCCACUCCGCCAUUCGCAGCGGCGUCGUCGCGAACGCCACAAAGCAGCAGCUGCCGCAUCUUCGCUCCUCGAAUUUGAUGGCCAGCACGACGGCCACCACGGUGGAUCGCAGCCCGCUGGAGCCGUCCAUGACCGCACGCGGCGCCACGCCGAAUCGCUCGCCGGCGCCGUCACUGAACACGUUCCGCUUUCCCAUCCUGCCGUCACCGAACAGCAGCGUUGACACCCACGCGUCCGCCACGGCGACCCCGUUUUCAGAGUCGCAACGCGGGGCGGAUGGGAGGAACUCCGCGUUCCCCACGCAGCACCUGCCGAGCCCGCCCGAGAGGCCGCCGGUGCAUUUGCCGCGCAACACGCGACGCAGCUCCAACGACUUGGCAGGACUGACGCCGGUUGCCGCGACGCAGUCCAACCCACCUUCGACGGUCAAGACGACCCCCUAUCAGACUCCACUUGCCUUGUUGGCAGCGAGUAGCAGCAGCAGCAGCACCUCGACAGCGCCGUCUAACAUCGUUGCGGCGGUCCCUUCCGCUCUCGAGCACAAUGCCGACGAGGAAAAGCCUUCUACUUCUUCUGCCGCUGUGCACGAAGCGCAGCAGCCUGCAACGCUUACCGCGCCCGUCGUGCUACCGCCUCCGCCACCACCGUCAUCGCAACCGCAGCCGUCAUCGCAACCGCAGCCGUCAUCGCAACCGCAGCCGUCAGCCCCCACCGCUCUCCCCGCCCCUGAUGCAGCGGCCCAAGCGACGCACCCUAAAAGAAACGACUAUACUUCCUCUGAUUCAUCCUCUUCCAACUCUGCGCCUCAACACCCACCGAAACCGCCGUCACCACGACCACCCCCUCCAGUGUCCGUGCCGUCUCCCCCGCCGCCACCAAGCCCGUCGGCUUCAUCGUCCGAUGAAGCCGACUUUCCCGUCCGCUUCGCACCCCUCAUCCAGCAGACCGACUACUACAAGUCGGACGUUAAGAAUAUCGCCUGCACCGGUGCCUUCACCAUGGGUGAUGUGCCCUCCACGAUGGUGAAGCUGCGACUGCUGCGACACGAGCUGCUUGGCCGCGCAGAACCGCUACCCGUUAUUCAGCAAUCCGCCCUCCGCGCGGGGCGGGUGAAGAGACCUAAGACGGUGUCCGAGCAGGAGAAGUCGGGAGAAACCCCCGCGAAGGCGGUGAACAACACCUCUGAUCGACAACGGCCGCCGCGUGCAGUGCACGUCGAAGACUUCCGCGACACGUUCGUCGUGUUCGAUAACGUUUUACUCGCCGUCAGUUUUGCCUUGUGGGGUAGCGUGGCGCACUACAACGCGUUGGUGCGCGGACUGCUCCGCUACUGCGCGGCAGAUGUGGAGAAAAGCGAAGGAAACGGGGGAGGGGAAAGUGACCCGGAUGGCGCGAAGGCGGACGCCGUGUCGCCGUCCUCUGCGGUCACGAAGUCCCGCCUGAAAGUUCCGUUCUCGUCCGUUCUGCGGUUUUUAAACCACAGCGGCGUGGAUGUGCUCGUUGUGUCGUCGAACAGAAAGGCAGCUUCGUCGUUUUGCGCGAAGCGUCAACAGGUGCGGCGACGCGUGCGGCGUGACGGCGCCACCGCCGGCGCCGCAGCGCUCCACGACAAUUCCAACGCUGAGUCAGGAGGCGGGGAAACCCACGGCGACGAAGCCUCUGCGCCGCUGCGUCGCGUGCUCAUCGCGCUCAGUUACGACACAAAGCAGCAGGUGUGGUGCCCAUUGACGCUCUCACGCCCUGUGCGUCAGAUUGCCGCCGCGUGGCACGAGCACCGUCGUCACACCCGCCAGCAAGAACGCCAGACGGAGCGGCGGACGCGACGCCGCGAAGAGGCGGAGGCCGCUGUGAAGGAAAAGAAGGCGGCGAUGGAGGCAAAGCUGGACGCGUGGCGGCAGCGCGUGAACGCCUUCUCUGAAGUCGAGGAUGCAUCCGCAGGACCUACCACAACCGCGACGCAGAAGCACGUGACGGUGGUGGUGCCAAGGACGGAUGCCACGACGGACGACAGCAACUCGCCACUGACGAAGGCGGGCAACAAGCUGCCGUUCGACGGAAUCUUUUACCCAAAUCUAAUCCAAACGGACGUGGGCUUUGGCGUUGUAGUAAAGCAAGGUUUGCAUCCACUUUUUGGUGUGGUCCGGCUGCGUCUGAUGGCUGGCGUUCCGCUGGGUUUUAUUACACUUUUUUUCGGGCUAGCGUUUAUUAUUUACGCGACGAAAACGACAGGUGCGUGCCUUUUUGACUCCGUCACGAGACAGUGUGCCGCGCCAGACGCCGACAUGGUCAGCAGCAGCAGCAGUAGUAGUAGUAGUGAAAUAGGUAGUAGCGAGAGUAGGAGCUGUUUUGCCAUGCUGGCUGGCACCGCGUCGGACAGCUUCAACUCGAAACUGUCAAACAGGUUUCUCUACGGAAAGCCGGCGUCGCCGGGCAACUGCCUUAUCGUCACUUUGUGCUGUGUCUUUGCCGCGAUCGUGGACAGCGUGCUCAUCACUUUUUUCGCCGCUCGCUAUCUCGCCUUGGGCGGUGUCCGGCCUUGUUUUCACUACCUUUUGCAGGCAAUACAGUUUGUGUUGAGUGCCAUCGCGUGCGCCUUCGCCGCCUACGUCCUCUUCCGCUUUCACGGCCGACGGCACACGAUACGGUGCGACGUGCUGGACGCAGCCGAUGCCUCCUUGUGCACCGCCCGCCUGCGCAGCUGCGGCAGUCGCUACUUCUACGAAGCCCACACCCGACUCACCGGGACGAACGUCGCGCUCGUAUUGUCGAUUGUAUACCUUGUGCUGUGUGUGGUGCAUUGGCUGUUCGCCUUCCUACCCGUGGUGCCGUCGCCGUCGCGGCAGGACGCCAUCCCCACCGCGACCCCCGACACGUACACCUUUCGACCGAGUCUCUUCGCCCCCGACGGGCCCACGCCGGGUGAAAUCGAGCAGCUGCGCGAAGUCAUGCAGGCUCCACUGCGACAGGACCUCCAGCAGUGUGUGCAGCAGCGGGAUCGACUGCUGACGGCGGCCACCACGAUUGGCGAGAUGAUGCAGGCAAACCGCACACAGAGUCUCAAGCAGAUGAAGCUGAACGAGCAGCGACGGCUGCACCGGGCACGGCCUUUUGCCGAAGAACACACUAAAGGGCGAGAUGGAAGCCGCGGCAGUGCCACCGACAAGGCGGGUCCGUAUCGGAAGAGCGGCAGGAGGCGCAAGCGCUACCUCGUCUGGGGUGGUGAGGAGACGCUAGACAGCGGCAGCAACGGCGACGACAGCGAUAGUACGCGGUCCGACCCCUCUGCAGCGGUGGCCGCCGCACGCGAUCGCACAGUGGUGCUAGCGCCGCGUCUUGUGCAGCGGGUAAACGAAAUCGGCUCGCGGGUGCGUGCACAAGCUUCACAAUCGCGGCGGACAUCGAACCCUUUGAAUGCGGCGGACGUCCCUGCGGCUUUUCAAGCGGGGGAUGGCGAGACGAAGCCUUCGACCAGCCUCGAUCGUUCUUCCUCGCCGUCCUCGGCACCUGCGGCCGACACGAGCUACUUUGUGACGCGUACUUCCUUGUUCGGCCGCAAACCGGGCAGUCUGCCGAAGGUGGCCGUGGUGGUGGACGACGACUCCACGAACGCGGUCGAUGCACCAGAAAGCGGCGUGGCCGUCGCGCCCCCUGCAGUGCCGUCCGCGUCGUCAAAAGCAGAGAACAAGCAGCCCAUGUAUGUGGCAACGUUUUCGCCGUUAUUGUCCGCGCAAGCAACGCCGGCGGAAACGAGUCUCCCUCUGCAGCGUCCGCCGGUGCCUUUGUUUCACCCACCUGCACGAUCGACAAAACCGAUGCAAAAGUCGCAGCCGGGCUCGGCGCCAUCUAGCGUCCCUGAGGCACGUCCGGCGCUGUCUCUCCCAUCGAAUGACCUCUCACAGCUAGCAGGACCGUCUUCUGAUCGCCGUUCUUCGAUGGUGUCGCCGCUUGUGGAGUCAGAAAUUGCACAGAUUGUUUCUCGGCUGCAACGCGCACAACAGUCCUGA